AUGGCAAGCUUAUCACCUUCAUUGUCAGUUGGUGCCGCUCCAACAAGUGCACCGAUAAUGUCUCCGUUGAAUACAGCUCAAUCAUUAUCUCCUCAAUUGACGACGACAACAGCCUCUGUUUCUCCUUCCAAUAAUGAUAAUAUAAGCGCACCAGUGUCGGCUUCGUCCACACCUGCGCGCGGCGAACGCCCCAAGAGCAAAGAUUACAAUAAUAGUGGAAGCAAGGAAUCGUCGACUCCUCAUCGUGGGCGGAGCCAGAGCGAUGACUUUAAGCAUGCGGGCGGCGAUGCCGACAAGCAGGGAAAGCGCAAGCCAUUCCUUUCGCCAAAGUUGUUGCUGCCAGGCAAGCAUCGGACGAUUGUUGGUGACGAACCACCAAUCUCAAAGACGCUGGACAAUCGAAUGAAGAGCAAUCCAUACAUUAAGAAGUUCAAACUGCCGUCGUCAGAGAUACUGAUAGACGACUACUCGGCUGCGCUCUACAGGCAGAUACUGCUGCAUGGGCGCAUGUACCUGUUCACAAACUACAUCUGCUUCGAGUCCAAGAUCUUUGGCAUCAAGACGAUGGAGACAUUGAUGAUCAAGGACAUCAUAAGCAUAACAAAGAAGCGUUUCCCUGUUGGUAUAGAACUUGUAUUGCAGAAUGGACAAAAGUUUGUGUUUGCCUCGUUUGUGUUGAGGGACAAGACCUAUCACGACAUGUUGGAUGCGUGGCGUGACGUUACGGGUGAGACCCAUGAAGAUGUAUCGUCCCAAAGUGUCGACGACGACGCAGAGGAAGACCAAAUGAUCGGGUUUGAUGAUCAUACAAGUCAUUCUACCAACGGUACUGCAACAGAUACAUCAUCCUCCUCUACAAGUAUAAGUGAGCUGACGACCUCUGACUUGAAGUCAGCAUCAAUCAUUGGCUCAGAGCAGCAACAACAACAACAACAACAACAACAAAAGAGCAUCGCCAACUCAAUCGACAACAACAACAACAAUAAUAAUAACAAGUCAACAACAUCAUCACAGGUGGACACAACUAUACCAUCAACAUCAUCACUGAAUACCAACACAUCAACAACAGACUUGAGCAAGGCACAGAUGAAUGUACCUGCUACACAGUCGGCGACAAAGCCGGCAACUGUGGCAAGUCCAAAGCCAUCCGCCGAGGAGAAGAGUCCAUUCGACGAACUCUAUGGUGACAUUGAGCAAUACCUAUCGACCAACGAACAGGCUUCGAUACUUGAAAGUUCAGUGUCUGAGUUCCAGGAGUUACUUGUAGAGAACUUUAACAUCAGUGUAGUUAACUUCUUCAGGGUACUCUGCUCGGAUCAAUGUAACUUUGCUCAUACUUAUCAUGCCAAGCGAGGCGAUAGUAAUAUCGUUGUGAAGAACUGGACUCAUAGAGAGCGCUUUGGAACGGUGCGUGAGCUGGAGUAUGUGGCCCCAGUCAACUCUCCAAUUGGCCCCGACAAGACAAGGAUACAGGAGACACAGCGAUAUCAUCUGACCAACAAGAAGCUGGCAGUGGAGACUGACACUAUCAUGUUGGACAUACCCUAUGGCGACCACUUUCGUAUCGAAGCCAAGUGGGAUGUGGUGGAGACAUCGAGCGAGACAUGUCGUCUGUCCAUCCAGCUGUGUGUGCGCUUCAUCAAGAAGACGUGGUUCAAGAGCAAGAUCGAAGCGGGCACCAUCAAGGAGUCCAAGGGCUCCUUCACUCAGUGGGUGCAACUCGCCAAGCAGGAGAUACAAAAGACGAUGCAGCUAAAGCCCAAGCCAACAAUGAUCACAGCGCAGCCUUCACAACUGGUGCUCAAUCGUAGUAUUGACAACAAGAAGGAGUUGAUCGACUCUAUUGCCCGUCUAAAGAAUGAGGAGCAGCCUGCGGUGUCAUCUCCCACGCUCGACUCGCCCAAGCCACAUCAUCUGCGGUCAAGGAGUCGCCAACACCUAAUGACCUCUUCGGGCCAGGUGUCCAACGUUGGAUCGCCCAACCAUUCACAUCAUCACACACCCGUGCUCCACAGCACGUCCACAUCGAUACCCAUCGGCUCUCCCCAGCCUACCAACAUUGGCCUACCUGUAAAUAAUAGUUCCGGCAACCUCUCAGACAUAAGUAGUAGCUUUGGUGUACCAUCAUCAAUAACAGCAUCCAAACUACAACAACAGCAACAAAAACAACAACAACAACAACAACAUACCAAAGAGGAGAUACCAUUGGGAUUCAAACUCAAGUUGUCUACCAAGUAUGGUAGUCUUACAUUGUCUGGAUUCAUACUGGUGGCAAUGUUACUGCUGGCCAUUUCAAUGUACAUGUACAUGCAUCUACAGGUUGUAUCACUAAGGUCCAAGAUGGAGACCAUCGAGGACAUUCUAAAAGAUGUCGUCAAGAGUCGAGUAGUAGCGGGCCAACAUGCGCAUGCCAGUGUUGGCGGAGAACAUGGAAGUGGAAACACUGCAACAAUAUUACAUCCAUCAUAA